UACGCCCUCUCCGCCCCUGCUGCUCGAGAGACAGGUGGUCGGGACACAUGCCCUCAUCCUCGAGCGCUCCCCGGUUAAAAUAAGAAAACAAAUCGGUUGACAGACAGCGGUGGGACUGCUGAUCGUGAGGCACGCGCGUCCCCGAUGGAAUUGGAGCCGGUGACCUCCGCGCAGCGAGCACUGGGCAGAGGAGAGAGAGGAGAAAGCAAGUUGGCGAGAGAACCUCACCGAUUUACGUUUCUCACCAUGACUAUUGCGCUGGCUGCUUUUCCGCCGCAGCGGAGGGGAUUGUUUAUCACUCACAGAAGGAAGAAACACACAAACCUCUGAGGCAAACCGGAGAGAGAGCAUUACCGGGAAUUUCCUUUUGUUCCAUUAUUCAUUUGGAUCCUAAUAGCUGGUGGAAGUUGUCUCGUGGGGAUUAUGAUGGCUUCGGGUGCCGGUAAAGCCCCGCAGCCCCCCGGGCCAGGCUCCGGUAGCCUUAACGGGACUGCAGCAGACUUACCGAACAUAGAGCAGGAGCUGUAUGACUAUCAGAUGCAUGGCAAGAUGUGCAAGAAGAUAGCUCAGCUAACCAAGGUGAUCUAUUCUCUGAACACUAAGAACGAAGAGCAGGAGGCGGCCCUUCAGGCCGUCAGCCACGCCCACCAGGAAGAGCUGAGGCGGGUUACCGCGGGGACGUGUACCGAGGGGGAGGAGUCGGUAGUGCUUAGGACACGCCUCUCAGAGCUGCAGGAAACUCUAGCUCAGGUUCAGGUAGACUUUGAGAGCUACCGUGUCCAAGCAGAGGAGAGGGAUCGUGGGGUAGAGGCAGAGCUAAGGAGGGACUAUGAGGAAAAGCUCCAGGCUCUGGGGCUGGAGAGACAGGAGACCCAGGCCCAACUCAACACGGCCCACGACGAGAGUCUCCGACUGGGGAGAGAGCUGGAGACGGCUGGGGAGGCUGCGCAGUGCCUGGAGGUUCAAUGUGACGAACUACGGAGGAAAGGAGAAGAGGAGCGAGGGAAAGGGAAGGAGGAGGAGACGGAGAGAAUGCGACUCCUCUCGGAGGAGGUGAAGACUCUGAGGAAAGGGAAGGAGCGAGCAGAGGAAGAGAGGGAGAGAGCAGGGAGAGAGGAGAGGGAGAAGUGGGAGAGGGAGAGAGCAGAGAGAGAGGAGAGGGAGGAGUGGGAGAGGGAGAGAGCAGUGAGAGAGGAGAGGGAGAAGUGGGAGACGAGGAUGAAGGAGGUGACAGAGGAGAAGGAGGAGUUGAAGAGGAGCAUGGAGGAGGCGCGCAGGGAGGAGAGACGGCAGUGGGAGGAGAGAGAGGAGGAGGAGAAGAGAGGGAUGAGUACAGUACUGAGAGAGAGAGUGAGGAAGGCGGAGGGAGAGAUGGAGGGCAGUCUGCAGCGACUCAACGAGAGCAAGAGACAUGCUGCCAAACUACAGGACAGAAUACAGGACCUGGAGGAGGAGUUGGAGUCGGGGAGGAGGCGUGUCUCGGGGGCAGAGGGUGGGGCUAAGAGGGCAUGGGAGGAGUUAGUCGUGGCCAAAGAGAGACUACUGCUGCAGGAGGAGGAGCUGCAGAGCAAAUCUGUGGAGCUGCUGAGUCGUGGUGUGUGUGAGGGGUGUGUGUGUGUGAACGUGGAGGAGUUGAAAGGUCAGGUGAACAAACUGCAGAGCAGAAACAGAGAGCUGGAGAUUCAGAGCAGUGGGAGAAACAACGACUACGCCAGACAGCAUGCGGAGGCCCUGGCUAGUCUGCGUUCUGAGAUGGUGAGGGCUCAGUCAGAGGAGCUCCGGAGAGAACGGAAACACGCAGAGGUGGAAAAGGAACAAAUGCAAAAAGAGAUGGAGGAAGAGAGAGACAGACUGCAGAAAGAAAGAGAAGAAGAGAGAGACAGACUGCAGAAAGAAAGAGAAGAAGAGAGAGAACGCCUGCAGAAAGACAUAGAAGAAGAGAGAGAACGCCUGCAGAAAGAGGGAGAAGAAGAGAGAGAACGCCUGCAGAAAGAGAGAGAAGAAGAGAGAGAAUGCCUGCAGAAAGAGGGAGAAGAAGAGAGAGAACGCCUGCAGAAAGAGAGAGAAGAAGAGAGAGAACGCCUGCAGAAAGAGAGAGAAGAAGAGAGAGAACGCCUGCAGAAAGAGAUAGAAGAGGUGAAAGGAAGAGUGACAACACAGAUGGAUGGAAACACGGAGCGAGUGGAGGAGCAGAGAGAGAGUCUGAACCAGGAGAAGAAGAGAUUGAAGGAGCAGGCGGACGAGGAAAGGAGGAGAUUGAAGGAGCAGGCAGACGAGGAAAGGAGGAGAUUGAAGGAGCAGGUGAAGAAGGCGAUAGAAGAGGUGAUGAGGAAACAUGCAGCUGAGCUCCACAACGCCCAGGAAGCACUGAGGACAAACCAAGAGGUGUGUGUACGUGUGCAGGAGGACAGGAGGAGUGGUGAAGAGGUGUGUCGAAGGCUGGAGACUGAGAGGGAGGAGCUUAGAGACCAGCUGCAGCAGGCAACCAAUCAGAUCUGGCGUUUGGAAGGAGUCAUUCAGCAGCAAAGUCAGGGGGGUGUGGCCUCUGAAACUCCUCCCACCUGCGGAAUCCACUGUUCCCACCUCCGAGAGGAUCUACAGCACAUACAGGAAGAGAUGGAGCGACAGAGAGAGAGUUACCAGAGGGAGAUGACAGGUCUGAGAACAGACAAACAGAGACUGGAGGAGAAGGUUCUAGAGCUCAACCAACAGACCCAAGAGAACACGGACAGAAACGUUCUAGAACACAACCAAGAGAACACGGACAGAAACGUUCUAGAACACAACCAAGAGAACACGGACAGAAACGUUCUAGAACACAACCAAGAGAACACUGACAGAAACGUUCUAGAACACAACCAAGAGAACACUGACGAGAGAAUCCGGUCAGAGUGUGAGGAGCGCCUUAGGGCGGAGCUUAAGGCGGAGCUUGAUGCGGCUGUUGCCACGAGCAACCAGAGAGAGCAGGAGCUGCAGACUCAACUAGCCGAUCUCCAAUCACAGGUGGAGAGGAAGGCGGGGCCAGCAGAGGGUCACCAUGACGACAGCGAGAUUGACAGGCUGCGGAGGGAGGUGCAGGAGACCAGAGACAUGAACCAGAGACUGAGAGAGCAGCUGCAGGAGGAACCACAGAGACACACGGCGGCGUUGGAGGCUCUGGAGAGACGAGCUCAGGAGGAACUGCAGACCGAGAGGAACAGACUACACACACUACACCUGUUACAGCUAGAUAAGCAGGGUACAGAGCUGAGCCAGCAGUACACAGAGUGGAGUAGACAGUUGACCCAGAGACACAUGAAACACAUCGAAGACCUGCAGACGGAACUACAGACACACACAGAGAUGAUGGCCCUGCAACAGGACUUGAAGCAGCAGAAUCAGUACCAGGUGUUUGAGCGUCAGCUGGAUGAGAGUCGCUGUGCCGUUCUGGACCUACAGAGGGAGAACACUGUACUGAGGUCGGGAGAGGAGGCGAUGGGAAGAGAAAGAGAGCAGAAGGAGAGAGAGGAGGAAGCCCAACGACUGAGAGUGGAGGUGGACAGACUGAGAGAAGAGGUGGAGAAACUGGAAGAGGCUCAGAUACAACGGGAGGAACAGAGAGAAGAAGAGAUGAGAGAAGAGGAGGCGCGAAGAGAGAUGGAGGAGAAGAGGAGGGACGAGGAGAAGAGGACGGAGGAGGAGAACAGGAGAGAGGAGGUGAAGAGGAGAGAGGCCGAGGUUGAGGAGAAGAGGAAGGUGGACGAGGAGAAGAGAAGGAAGGCGGAGGAGGAGGAGAAGAGGAGGAAGGAGGAGGAGGAGGAGAGGAGAGAGGAAGUGAAGAGAGAGCACAGGAGAGCGAUGCAGAGUCUGGUGUGUGAAUACAGCAGCUGUCAGGCAGAGCUACAGACUCGCAUAGUGGCCCUGGAGACAGAGCUACGGGAGCGUGAGGAGAGGUGCAGGAGGAGGGAGGUUCCUCUCGGUGAUGAUCUCCAGAUGGGGAGACUACAGGAGAGACUCACUGAGAGGAACCAGCUCAUCAAACGCCUGGUGGAGGAACGACAUCAGCUGCAUCUUCAUCCUCCGGUUGCCGGGGACAACGGAACCCUCAGGCUCCAUGACAACAGGCCACACCCCGGGAUCGUUACACCAACUAUGAGGAGGAAGCGUGUGGAGGAGUCUCCGCCCCGCGUCACCAGCGUUCCGAACCUCAGCGCCUAUGAGAGGAGCGUCCUCCUCCCCCACGACACCCCCUCCCCCUGCCUCCCCCAACGUCCCUCCCCCUCCUCAACUCUGCCCUACGCCUCCUCCUCUCUCCCCCGUUCCUCCCCCUCCCUCCCCCGUACUCCCAGGUCUCCCAGUUUGGAUCCCGGCGGUCGCGGCCCUCUCUCUCGUACCCCGACUCCUCUCCCCCCUGCUCCCACCACCCUCCCCCUCUGUCCAUCCUCCCUCCCCGAGCCUCGACACGGGAUUCGACACGUCACCUCACCCUCGCAGGAGCUCCGCCCACACCUGAACAGCCAGUCAACCAGGAGCCCAUAUUUGGAGCAGAGGGGGAGUGGCCAGGGGGCAGAGGGGCGGGACCCUCAGAGGCAGGAUUGGUACACGAAGUACUUCUCCUUCUGAACACA